AUGGUUAGAUUCAAGAACAGAUAUAUAUUAUGUGAAGUAGUUUUCCCAGACAAGAAGAAGGAAAUUCCACGUAUUGACACAAAGUCUGUGUAUUUUGCUGUUAGAGACGCCAUACUUGAUGCUCAUGGAGACUAUGGUCUUGGAGCUGUACAGUUUUCACUAUCUGUGAAAUAUUUAAACAUCAAAACGAACAUCAUCAUUAUCCGGGUUGAGAGGAAACACUUGAACAUUGUAGCAUCAUCAGUGGUUUUUAUCAAGAAAGUGGCCAGUCACAACAUUAUCAUGAAAACACUUCAUGUUGGAGGUUCAAUCAGGGCAUGCCAGAAGUUUUUGAUCAGUUACCACAAAAAGAACUUGCCCCUGUUAUAUUCUGGUUGUGAAACAGAAGAGCAAAGAGCUAAAGUCAUGCAGUCAAUUGUGGAAGCAUGUGAUGACUUGCAGAAUCUAACUUCCAGGACAAAAUUGACAGCUCCUGACAGUUCAUCUGCUUUGAAUAAUUUAAUGAGUGAUGACUGA